GAGUUCAUCCAUUAGAGAAAGAAAAUUUCCAAAAAUGUUUCGAGUUAGCAAUUUCGUGGUUGGUCUAGCCAACACAUUGGUGAUGUUAGUGGGCGCAUCUGCCAUUGGUUAUUCGAUUUACAUGUUCGUUCACCAAGGCGUCACCGACUGUGAAUCUGCCAUUCGGAUACCACUUCUCACGACCGGGCUCAUCCUCUUCUUGGUGUCGUUACUCGGAGUGAUAGGAUCUUGUUUCAAGGAAAAUGUCGCAAUGGUUUCGUACUUGAUCAUAUUGUUUUCGGGCAUCGUUGCGUUGAUGGUUUUCUCCAUAUUUCUCUUCUUCGUGACUAACAAAGGAGCCGGUCGUGUGGUGUCCGGUCGAGGGUAUAAAGAGUACCGGACGGUGGAUUUCUCGACGUGGCUCAAUGGGUUCGUUGGUGGGAAGAGAUGGGUUGGGAUAAGGUCUUGUUUGGCUGAGGCUAACGUUUGUGAUGAUUUGAGUGAUGGUCGUGUUAGUCAGAUCGCUGAUGCGUUUUAUCACAAGAACUUGUCUCCCAUCCAGUCAGGUUGUUGUAAGCCACCGUCGGAUUGCAACUUCGAGUUCAGAAAUGCGACGUUCUGGAUACCACCAACCAAAAACGAAACGGCGGUUGCAGCCGACAACGGGGACUGCGGUACGUGGAGCAACGUGCAAACGGAGUUAUGUUUCAACUGCAACGCAUGCAAAGCGGGUGUGUUAGCGAACAUAAGAGAGAAGUGGAGGAAUCUUCUUGUUUUCAACAUUUGUCUCCUCAUUCUCCUCAUCACCGUCUAUUCCUGCGGUUGCUGUGCUCGUCGUAACAAUCGGACGGCUAGGAAAAACGGAAGCUUAACAAUCCUAGAACUCGCGGCGCUUCUCCGGUCACUCGGCCUCAAACCUUCCGGCGACCAAAUCCAUGUUUUGUUAGCUACCAUGGACUCAAACGGCAAUGGUUUUGUCGAAUUCGAUGAGCUCGUUGGUACAAUUCUUCCUGAUCUGAACGAAGAGAUCCUAAUCAAUUCCGAGCAAUUACUCGAGAUUUUCAAAUCAUUUGAUAGGGACGGUAACGGGUUCAUCAGCGCAGCUGAGCUUGCUGGAGCGAUGGCAAAGAUGGGUCAACCAUUGACAUAUAAAGAACUAACGGAGAUGAUAAAAGAAGCAGAUACAAAUGGUGACGGUGUUAUAAGCUUUGGAGAAUUUGCUUCCAUUAUGGCAAAAUCUGCUGUUGAUUAUUUUGGAUUAAAAAUUAAUUCAUGAUCAUUCAAAUUCUUAUGCUUUUCUCAUUUAUUUUUAUAGAAUCGCAUUCAUAACAACAAGUCUUGAAGCUAGAUUGAUAGAAAAUUUGAUAUAUAAAUCAGAGAAAAUAGU